GAGCAGCAGCUCAGGAUGCCAAACAGCAGCCUGGCCCUGAGCAGCCUGGACGGGAUUUACAUUGGCAGCGAGUGCCUGGUGGCUCUGUUUGCCACGCUGGGGAACAUCCUGGUGAUCUGGGUGGUGAGGCUGAACGCGGCGCCCCAGAGCACCACGCUCUAUUUCCUCGCGUCCCUGGCGCUGGCCGACGUCGCCAUGGGGCUCCUGGUCAUGCCCCUGGCCAUCGUGGUGAGCCUGGGCAUCUCCGUGCCCGCCUACAGCUGCCUCUUCAUGUGCUGCCUGCUGGUGAUGUUCUCCAACGCCUCCAUCCUGUCCCUCCUGGCCAUCGCCAUCGACAGGUACCUGCGAGUCAAGCUGCCCACCAGAUAUAAAAUCAUCACUACAGAGAGGAGAGUUUGGUGGGCCCUGGGGCUGUGCUGGUCCCUGUCCCUGCUGGGAGGGCUCGUCCCCAUGUUUGGCUGGAACAAGGCAGGCCCCAGGAGCUCCAGCUUCCUCAGGUGCAGGUUCAUCUCCGUGAUGAGGAUGGAUUACAUGGUGUAUUUCUUCUUCUUCACGUGGACCCUCGUGCCCCUGCUCAUCAUGUGUGCUCUGUAUGCCGAGAUCUUCUACAUCAUCCACACGAAGCUCAGCCAAGGGGCCAGUGUGAGAGGGGCUGGGGCUUUCUAUGGCCAGGAGUUCAAGACAGCCACGUCUCUUGCACUUGUUCUCUUCCUGUUUGCAAUCUCCUGGCUGCCUCUGUGCAUUAUAAACUGCGUUUCCUAUUUUUACCCCGAGUCUCAGAUCCCCCCCUAUUUGAUGUACUUGGCAAUCCUCCUAUCCCAUGCCAAUUCUGCCAUGAACCCCAUUGUCUAUGCCUGCAAGAUAAAGAAGUUCAAAACCACAUACCUUUUAAUUUUAAGGACCUAUAUCCUGUGCAAAAAACCAGACCCAGCUCUUACAAAGCAAACAACAGACCCGCAGUCAUAAAGAAAGGUUGCACUUGCCAGUGAGUACCAGACCCCUGCUAAACCACCUGGCUUUGCUCAGAAACUCUUGGAAAACUGCAGCAACCUGUGGGUCUGAAGCUGCUCUAAACCUCUAUGUGAAUAUAUGUCCUUAUGUAAUACAACUUCUAAACACAGAAGAUGGAAAUUUUGUCUGGUUGGGGGUUUUGGGUUUUUUUAACAUGAGGAUUGGUUGGGUUGAUUGAAAAACAGGAUGUGUUCUUUGCUGUUGAUAAUCCAGCAGCUCACAAGCUCACUGCCUGUUCUUGUCUGUCCAUUCCAACUAAACUUGAGUCUGGUCAGCUUGUGCUUCAGCCAGUGUUGUCACGUUUUUAUGAGUAAUAAUAAAUAGUAGAUGG